AUGACUGAAAAGGGGCAAGAAUAUUAUGAAGCUGAAGUUUGCGAAUUACUACAGGAAGUUUUCCUCAAUAAAGAAAACAUUGAAAAGCGUUUCAUUGAAGCUGAGAAUGCUCAACGAGAAAAUGACUUUGAAUUAUUAUGGGAACUGAAAGACAAAAUAGAAGGAGACUUGGAUACUUACCUUUCUGUUUCUAGAACAUUUGUAGACUAUCUCAAGAGAUGUGCAACACACGAAAGUUCACUAGAACUCUCAUCUCACAUCAUGAUUUCCGAUGAUCUUGCUAAUAGAGUUAAUGAUACCGUGAACAGUUUCAAGUUCAUAAAAACUGAACAUGUUGAAGUUAUUGAUGAUGUACAUGUGUCGUCCAAAACUGAAGAAGCUUCCGUUUGUUCUGGAAGGAGCAGACACUCACGAAGUUCAAGUCGUUGUUCAACCAGCUCAAGUGUUCUUCUCGCUAAGAGUAAGGCUAAGGCAGAAGGUGCUCGAACUCGUUUACAGUUUGCUGAAAGGGAAUUUCAGUUGAAAUUGAAACAAGCAGAAUGUGUGGCAGACUUAGAGUUACUUACACACAAGAAAGAGCUUGCUGUAGCAGAGGCAGAGCUUUCAGUGGUACAAGAGGAGAUUGGGGAGCAACGUUUGUCAAAGAUCGUAACGUCACUCACGGUUACGGAGGAGAAAAUAAUUCCUACUGAGCCAAGCCAUACAAUUCUAGAUGAAAACCAACAGUCAUUCAGUGGAAAUCAUAUUCCUCCAGGACAUGUGAACCAUGAAACAGGUAGAUCUAGGAGCUUGGACCGUGACCUCUCAUUCAAUGUAAAUGCUCCGGAAUUCGUCCCAGUUCGACAACAUCCGAUGCCAACACAAGCUUCAGAUCUCACAAGUUACCUUUUAAAAAGGGAUCUUCUCAAUCUCAGAUUAACUAAAUUCAGCGACAAUCCUGCUGAAUACCAAAUGUGGAAAACAGGGUUUAGGAACAUAGGAAGUGAACUGAACUUGUCUCCAUCAGAAGAAAUGGAACUUCUCGUUAGGUGGUUAGGUGUAGAAUCUGGAAGGUAUGCAAGUAGUAUCACGAUCGUCCAACCCUCAUGA